AUGGCCACCCCGCCGCCGCUGGCCCCGCACUCGCACGGCGGGAUCGGGGAUGGGAACGGGAAGAGAACCGCCUCCUCCGCUCCCCUCCCGCAGACGCCGCCUCCCUCGGCUCCCUAUAAAGCCGGGCGGCCGCCUCCCCGCGCUGCCCGCCCCCCGCACGCCCAGCCCGCGGCAGCCCCUGCCCGCCUCCGCCCGCGGCGCCGCCCGCCCGCCGCUCCCGCGGGGAGCCGGCCUCUCUCCCGCCUCCGCGGGCCGGCGAGCGCCUCCCGGCUGGCUGCGGGCUCGGUACUGUCGAUGGCGUGGACCCCGCGGCCCUCCAGUGCUCCUGGAGCAGCGCUCGUCUCCCACAGCCCUUCCCCUUCCUUCCCGAGGAGGAACAAAAAGCCUCUAGUGAGACAGCAUUCCACUUUGAUAAGUUUGGAAUGGGAUGCAGGAAACUCAAACCAGACCAAAACCUACAGGUAUGGAAACUGGGAAGAUUAUUUGCUGCCAGUUGAGACAUUUACUUUGAAAUAAUAAUGUACAGUCCACCAUGUUUAUGUAUUUUCAUUAUUCUCUUGGAGUAACCUUUAUUU